UAUUAAUCCUCAAUCCUCAAUCCUCAAUCUCUCUUUAUCCGCCUAUCACUAGCUGGCAUACUGGCUCUGUUCGGAUCUCUCCCCUUUAUUUGGAUUCACGUCUGAUUUUCGGCUCCUGCCUCUCUUUGAGCUGCUAUCAUUCAUCAUCAUAUUAUAACCAUCCGUAUUCCACUUUGCAGCUGUUUGCAUCACAACCUUGCCCCCAGUCGAUAAAGCUUGCUGCAAGCUCUCUUCCAUCUUAAGCAGCUUAAUACGCCCUUCUUUUCUCGUGUUCAUCCUCGAAUUUCAACUAAACGUCAUCGAAAACGCUCUUUGCCCGCCAUGGACGGCGAUGUGGUGGCCCAGUUCACUGAGAUCACCGGCUCGAGCCCUCAGCUGGCGACUCAGUAUCUGCAACUAACCGAUUUCAACAUUGAGCAGGCCAUGCAGCUUUAUUUCGAAAAUGGCGGUGCACCCUUGACGGAAGAACCCAUACCAUCAACUUCGGCCCCUCAUGCUGCCCCUCACACUGCGGGGCGCGAACGUGAGUCUGGGAUUGUGAAUGUCGAUUCGGAUGACGAUGUCACGGUGGACGAAGCCCGGUCGGCGCGUCCGAAUCAACACCCGCAGGGUUCUACAUUUGAUGAUGAUGCUGCUAUGGCCCGUCGACUCCAAGAGGAAAUGUAUGGUGGGGAAGAUAAUUCCGAUGGGGUGCGUGCUCCAAUGGCCCGAACGACGGAAACACUUGUCGGCCCAGAGGCAGAGUUGGACGAUGGUGAUAUGCACGCAAGUAUAUUAGGUCAACUACGUGCCCGCCAACGAGGCAAUCGGCCCGGUAUCUUCAACCAGAGAGACAGCGCGUCGAUCUGGACAGGAGACGAUGACGACGACGAAAGGGCCCGUCGUGAAAGACUCUCGGCGGCAACGGGCGGGGCUUCCGACUCGUCAAACAAGUCGAAUAUGCUCGCUGAAAUGUAUCGCCCGCCAUUCGAGAUCAUGUCUAGGCUCCCAUGGGACCUGGCCCGGCAAGAAGGACGCGACACCGAGAAGUGGCUCUUGGUCAACAUUCAGGACUCAUCCGUCUUUGACUGCCAGGUGCUGAAUAGAGAUCUCUGGAAAGACGCGGGCGUUAGGGACACGGUCAAAGAACAUUUCAUAUUCCUGCAAUAUUCCAAGGACGAUCCCCGGGCUUCUCCUUACUUGCAAUACUAUUUCCAGGGCAGCGACGUGUCCGAUAAUUAUCCUAACAUUGCCAUCGUGGAUCCACGGACUGGGGAACAGAUGAAGGUCUGGUCGGGGCCGCCCGUUAUUAAGGCGGCGGACUUUCUGAUGCAGCUUCACGAAUUCCUCGAUCGAUACAGCCUCAAGCACAACGUCCGAAAUCCCGUGGCCAGGCGAAAGCCCGAGCAAAAAGAGAAGAGCAUCGACGCGAUGACUGAGGAGGAGAUGAUGGAGAUGGCCAUGAGGAACAGUCUCGGAACAGAGGCAACGCAGGCUCCUAAGAUGGAGGAUCCAGACGAUCUGACUCGCAGUACCGAGGAUGUCAAGGGCAAGGGCCGAGCUGCCGAUGCGGGGGAUGUCGAUAUGGACGAUCAAGGUGAAUCUGCCGCUAUCGCUGCUUCUCCUUUCUCAUCCAUCCCCGACAAUCGGCCGCACACCGAACCUCCUGCAGACCCUGCCACGACAACGCGCAUUCAGUUCCGCCAUCCGUCCGGGAGGGUAAUUCGGCGCUUUUCGUUGUCUGAUCCUGUUCAGCGCAUAUACGAAUGGCUCAAGGCUGAGCCGCCGUUGCCAGAGAAAGCAGGCGUGGAGUUCGAGCUCAACUCUUUGGGCCGCAACUUGAUCGAUUCCCUCGGUAUGACUGUGGAAGAUGCCGGAUUAAAGAAUGGCACCGUGAUGAUUGGGUUUAUGGAGGAGUAAGGGGAACGGCUUCGACUGAGGAUACGGCAUUUUUCUUAAUUGAUGAGAGACAUUGAUGAAGCUUCCUGGGCGUCCCUCCUGUCCUUUCUUGAUAUUUCCAAGCACUUUCAUCGUAACAUUCGCCCAGGAUGGUUUUAGACAGGGCUGGCAAUUCCUCGGGAUGCUAAGGCUUUGGGAACACUUAUGGUAGAUCAAUUGCAGAUAUGAUAAUAGUGACUAUAUCCUGAUAGAGACUCGAUAGAUACGAGGCGAUACGAUGAGAGAUAAGCUGGACACCGCCCUUUUGACCGCCCGGCAGAAUCAACCCCGCGCGGGCGCCAAUCAGUGGGAUUUCGUCGUAUCGCCCAUCCCUUCCU